AUGAACGACACUAUCACAACCACCCGUGGCUGGGUCCCUGAGCCCGACGGGAGAGGGACGUGGGGCAUUUUAUCCACUUGCGUUCUCACAAUCGUCCUCUGUUGCUGGACAUCCGUGUCUCCAAAUCUGCCUGCCCAAUCCGAUGGCGCAUUCAGAAAAUGGAGAUACAAAUUCGAUCUUGCUUGUAUUGCAAUACUCGGAUCCGAAUUCCUAUUGAUGCUAGCUCUGGGCCAAUGGUCAUCUGCGCGCUGCUCUGUUAAGAAUUUCUACGAGGCUGGAUAUAAAGACUGGACUAUUAAGCAUGCGUUCUUUGCCGAUAUGGGGGCUUUUGGAUAG